AUGAAAAGUACUUCACGAACGACUCCGGUAACUGAUCAAGCAUUAAAGCAUAAUUCAAAACAAGAUCUAGCAACAGAUUUAACUGACGUUUCAAUAAUUUCUGUUGGCUUAACACGUUAUCCACAUCAUAAUCAUAGAAUGCUUACAGACGACGAAGAAGAUAUUGAAGUUGAUGAAACAAGUGAUGAAGAAGAAGAUGCUGAUGAAGAUGAUGAAAUUCCAUCACCAUUUAUUUCUCAUUCACAUUUAUCAUUAAGUAGUAAUAAUAAUGAUGAUAUAGAUAUUGGUCCUAUUGAUCCUGAUACACAAGCUAAAUUAGCAGCAAUUCUUGAAGCAACUGGUAUAACAAAUUCUCCUAUACCAGAAGAUUUUUGGCGUGAUCAACAAGUUGUACGUUUAUUAACAAGUAGUGUAACAAAUAAUUUUAAUGGUUUACAUGAAAUAGCAAAUGUUUUAUCAUCAUCAUCACUACCAUCAACAACAACAACAGCAACCUCAACAACAUUAUCACAAAAUGAAAAAAAAUCAAAAUUAAUUAAUAAAGAUUCCGGUGUACUUCUUCGUGCAUGUGUAAAUAAUGAUCUACAUACAGUUGAAAAAAUUCUUCAAACAAAAAAUAUAAAAGAAUAUUUACAUGAUAUUAAUGAAGAUGGUGAUAGCAUAUUAUCGUUAGCUUGUUCAAAUGGUUAUACAGAUUUAGUUGAACUUAUAUUACGUACUAUACCUGAUAUUGCUGUUGAUGAUAGAGGAAAUAAACAAGAUUGUACACCAUUAAUGGAAGCUUGUAAUGCUGGUCAUUAUGAAAUCGUUGAACUUUUAAUAAAAAAUAAAGCAAAUGUAAAUAUACAAUCAACAUCUGGAAAUACAGCAUUACAUUAUGCAGCUGGAGGAGGUUAUGUUGAUAUUGUUCGGCUUUUACUUAAACAUGGUGCAAAAGUUGAAGAAACUAAUGAAAAUGGUCAUACACCCUUGAUGGAAGCAGCAGGUGGUGGACACGUAGAAGUUACUCAAAUGUUACUUGAUCAUGGUGCUGGUACUAAUAAUCAAUCAAAAGAUAAAAAUGGAAAUAAAACUGAUGAAUUACAUACAGCUUUAAUGGAAGCUUGUAUGGACGGUCAUGUUCAAGUAGCAAAAUUAUUACUUGAUCAUGGUGCUGAUGUUAAUAUGCCACCUGAUAGUUAUGAAAGUCCAUUAACAUUGAGUGCAUGUGGUGGUCAUUUUGAACUAGCUUCAUUACUUAUUGAACGUGGAGCAAAUUUAGAAGAAGUUAAUGAUGAAGGUUAUACACCAUUAAUGGAAGCAAGUAGAGAAGGACAUGAUGAAAUAGUGAGUUUACUUGUUUCGAAAGGAGCUAAAGUUAAUCGAACAACUGAAGAAGCACAAGAAACUGCACUGACAUUGGCAUGUGCCGGCGGAUUUUUAGAAGUUGUAAAAAUUCUUCUAUCGAAUGCAGCUGAUAUAAAUUUGGGUCAAUCAACACCUCUUAUGGAAGCAUCACAAGAAGGACAUAUUGAACUUGUUCAAUAUUUAAUCGAAAAUGGUGCAAAUGUUAAUCAAACAACUCGAGCUGGCGAUACAGCAUUGGGUUAUGCUUGUGAAAGUGGACACACAGAAGUAGCUGAAAUAUUACUUAAUGCCGGUGCACAUAUUGAUGAAGCUGAAAAUGAAGGACGAACACCAUUAAUGAAAGCAUCACGAGUAGGACAUACAUGUACUGUACGAUAUUUAAUAUCUAAAGCGGAUGUUAAUCGUUCAACAAUAACGAAUGAUGCAACUGUUCUUUCAUUAGCAUGUGCUGGUGGUCAUUUUGAAUUAGCAACAAUUUUAUUAUUAAAUGGUGCUGAUCCAAAUCAUUUACUUAAAGAUCGAUCGAAUUGUUUGAUUGAAGCAGCUAAAGGUGGCCAUACAGCUAUUGUUCAAUUAUUACUUGAGUAUCCGAAAAGUAUUUUAAAUUGUACAAUAAAUUCUGUUGAAACGAAUGAUGAAAAUAUUAAUGAUGAUGAUGACGAUGAUGAUGAUGAUGAUGAUGAUGAUGAUGAUGACGAGAAUUUAACAGUAACAAUGCCAAAUUCAUUUCCAUUACCAUCACCACCAUUAAAUGAUUCAAAUUUAAAAAUUGAUGAUGAUGAAAAAUCUAAUGAAAUAAAUAAUUCAUCAUUUACAUUAUUUGAACGUUUAGAAAAAAUUGUUCCAAGAAAUAUUCUUGAAGUACUUAAAACAGUUGAAGUUGAUUCGAAUGAAUUACAUGGAAAUAUUGAUACAACAGAUAUUUCUACAUAUCCAUGGCCAAAUACAGAUCGAUUACCAUCACCAAUUAAUGAUGAAGCAUCAUCAAAUAAUACAGAUCAAGCAAAAAAACUUUAUUUAUUAGAACAACUUCAACAUGUCGAAAAAGAAUUACAUGAUAAAGCUCAACAACAUUUAAAACUUAAUCAAGAAUAUCGUCAACAAGUAAAUGAUUAUAUUAAUUUAAAUUCUUCUUCAACAUCAAAUCCAUCAGCAAUAACGAAAAAAAAACGUACAACAUCAUCAUCGUCUGCAUCAAGUUCUUCAUCAUCAUCUAAACAUGAUGAUCAAACUAAUUCAUCAACAAUAUUACCAAAUCCAAGUCAAACAAUAAAUUUUUUUUCUACAUCAUCUAUUGAAUCUGAUCAAUGUUCAUCGAUUCCAUCAUCACAUCAUCAUCAUCAUUCAAAAAUAAAAAAAUCUUUCAAUAGACAAUUAUCAAAAUAUGAUCGUCGAUUAGAACAUUAUAUUAAUGAUAAUCAAACACAUCUAGAUGAAAUGAAUAUACAUUUAAAAAAUCUUAAAUUAAUGUCAUCAUCAUCAUCAACAGAAUCAACUCCAACAAAAAAUCCUAUGCGUAUUAAUACAGAUAAACAAAAAGCAUUCGAACAUUUACGUCAAUUAGCAAGUUAUCCAUCAACACUUGAACGAAUACAAACAUUAGCUAAUAAUCCAAAUAUAAUAAAAGAAAUUCAAAAAUUUGCUAAUCAAAAGCCAUUUAUUGAACAAUUAAAAGCAUUACAACAGACAACAACAACAACAACAACAACAACAACAACAGCAGAAAAGAUUACAACAUCUGCUGAUCAAGAUUCAACAGUAACAACUUCUCAACAAUGUCAAAAUUUAAUCAUAGAUACUAAUGAUUUACCUUUACCAGGAACAUCUUCAACUAAUAAUCGUCAUUCAGUAUGUUGUGCUGAACAUUCAUCACAAUUAAUAAAUUCUUCAUCAAACAUUUUAUCUCAUUUACGUUUUCAAAAUCGUAUUGAUGUUGAUUGUGAAACUGAAUCUAAUCAUGAUACAGCAUUGACAUUAGCAUGUGCUGGUGGACAUGAAGAACUUGUUCUUUUAUUAUUACAACGUAAUGCAAAUAUUGAACAUCGAGAUAAAAAAGGUUUUACACCAUUAAUCCUUGCAGCUACGGCUGGUCAUGCAAGUAUUGUGUCAAGAUUAAUUGAACAUGGUGCAAAUAUUGAAGCUCAAUCAGAACGUACAAAAGAUACAGCACUAUCAUUAGCAUGUAGUGGAGGACGACAAGAUGUUGUAGAAGUUUUAUUGAAAAAUGGAGCUAAUCGAGAACAUAGAAAUGUUUCAGAUUAUACUGCUUUAAGUCUUGCUGCUUCUGGUGGUUAUGUAGCUAUUAUUAAAUUAUUAUUAAGUUAUGGUGCAGAGAUAAAUUCAAGGACUGGUAGUAAAUUAGGAAUUACUCCCUUAAUGCUUGCUUCAAUGAAUGGACAUGUAGCAGCAGUGAAACUUUUAUUAGAUAUGGGUGCUGACAUAAAUGCUCAAAUUGAAACAAAUCGCAAUACAGCAUUAACUUUAGCUUGUUUUCAAGGACGAGCUGAAGUUGUUUCAUUAUUAGUUGAUCGUAAAGCUAAUAUUGAACAUAGAGCGAAAACAGGUCUUACGCCUCUUAUGGAAUCUGCAUCUGGUGGUUAUGUCGAUGUUGGUCGAGUUCUAUUAGAACGAGGUGCUGAUGUUAACGCACUACCAGUACCAACUUCGAAAGAUACUGCUUUAACUAUUGCUGCUGAUAAAGGUCAUCAUAAAUUUGUUGAAUUAUUACUUCUUUAUGGUGCAACGAUUGAUGUUCGAAAUAAAAAAGGUGCUACACCUUUAUGGCUUGCAUGUAAUGGUGGUCAUUUAGAAGUUGUUCAACUACUCAUAACACGUUUUGCAAAUCCAGAUUCAAGUGAUUUACGAAAAGUUUCUUGUUUAAUGGCUGCAUUUCGUAAAGGACAUAUUAAAGUAGUCAAAUAUUUAGUAAGACAAGUACGACAAUUUCCUUCAGAUACUGAUUGUCGUCGAUUGAUAAAUACAAUAACUGAUAAAGAUUUAUUAAAAAAAUGUCAAACAUGUAUGGAUCAAAUAAUGUCAGCUAAAGAACGACAAGCAGCUGAAGCUAAUAAAGCAGCUACUAAUUUAUUAAAAGAAAUUGAAUCAGAAAAAUCACGUGAACAAACAAAAAAAGAAGCUGCAGCUAAAAAACGUGAAAAACGUAAAGCUAAAAAGAAAGGAAAACAACAAACGACAACAAUCACAAACACCACCAUCAGCACCACCACAACAGCAACAGCAACAGCAACAACUAACGAACCAAUAACUAAAAUCGAUGAACAUGAACCCGAAGUUGAAGAACAUAAUGAAACAUCUUCAUCAAAUGCUGUUGUUGUUGAUGAUGAUGAUCUUCGUCUUAAAAUGGUUAAAACUGAUAGUGAGCAAAAACCUUCAUCAUCAGAACGAACAACAAAGCAAUUAACUAAUAAUAAAAAGAAAACAAAUACAAUGACAAGAAAAAUUGAACGUCAUCAAGAAAAUCUUGUAUCAAAAAUAAAACAAGAAACUUCAAUUAUUGAUGAUGGUUGGCAAGAAGUUAUUGGUAAACAAAAAAAAAUAACGAUUUCAUAUGAACAAUAUUCAAGAAUUAUUGGACGAUGUGGUCCCAAUUUAAAUAUGUUACGUGAAAUAACUGGAGCAUCAAUUGAUGUUGAAAAUAAACGAACGAUGGGAGAUAAAACUAUUUUAAUCAAAGGUAAUGGAGAUUCAAUAAAACAUGCACAUCAAUUAAUAACAGCUUUAUUGAAAAAUUCUGAAACAGAAUUAACAAAUCUUUUACCAUCAAAAAAUAAAUCACGAUCAACAACUGUUGCAUCAAAUCAUGAUAAUGAUGGUGAAAUACUGAGAACACAAAGAUCUAACACUGGACCAAAAUUACAAAAUAAUGAGUCAACAUUCUUCGAUACAUCAUCAACAUCUAGAACUAAUCCUCGUGUAUCAAAUCAAACAACUAAAAAAACAUCUUCAAAUAUAACAACUCGUUCAACAUCUUCAUCAGCUCCAAUAAAAACUCCUAAACCAAUAAUAUCUAUAGGUACAACAACAACAACAUGGGUCAAUUCUAAUCGAACUAAUCGUGCUAUAUCAUCUUCAUCAACAAAUAAUUCAACAACAAUAAAUUUACCAAACUGGACUCAUCCAAAAACUUCUUCAUCACAUAAUAAAACAUCUCAUUCAAAUCAUUAUCCAUACACAAAUUCAAUGAAUCAUCAUAGAAAUUAUUCAAAUAAUCCUCAACCAACAUUCUCAGAUAUAAAUCCAACAUCACCAAGUAAAUCAAAUGUUUCAACUUCAUACCAAAUGCCACCACCAACAUCAUCAUCCUCACUACUGGUUGCUGCAUCAUCCUCCACACCUCCACCACCACCAUCUACUACAACAACAACUACAGGAGAAUAUAAUCCAUUUGCUUCAAAUAUUUUAACAACAUCUAUUGUUGAUGUUCUUACUAAAACAAAAGAACCAACAAAUCAAUCAGGAAUAAUUAAUGAUGAGUCAAUAACAAAAAUGAAUUUUGCUAAUGUUGCUAAGAUGAAUGUACCUAAUAAACAAUCUCAUCAAGAAUCAAUUCUUCUAACAAUGAAUGAAUCAACAUCUUCAUCUUUACAAUCAGAUCCAAAAAUAGCUCCUGGUUAUCGUGGUUUAUCAUCAUCAUCAUCAACAACAACAACAUCAAUUAUAAUUCCACCAACAAAUUUUGAUUCAUUAUCACCAACAUCACAAAUAAAUCGUGCACCUGGUUCAAAUCGUAUUCAUCAAUCAAUUUCACCUUCAUUAACAAAAAUUCCGCUGGAUCAAAAUGGACAAACAGGUUCCUCAACAACAUCAUCAACAUCAUCAUCUCCAUCAUCAUUGAAACAACAAACAAGUCAUUUUAUUCAAUCCCAAUCAUUAUUUUCAACAUUGGAUCAACAAAAACCUUUUGGGCCUAUUGGUUCACAUCGUACAACAAUAUCAACAGAUGAAAUUCCUCUUCAAAUGCCACAAAAAUUUUCACCUAAUCCUCCUCCUCCUUCUGCUUCCAUCUAUCAACAAACAUUACUUAAUAAUCCAUCAUAUUCAAAUCGAUCAAGUCUUAAUCCAAGUGCACCAGAAUUUCAAGGACCAUUAUCAUCAAAUAUAAUGAAUAUAGCUCGUCUAAUGGAACAACAACAAAAACAGCAACAACAACAACAGCAAAUUUACUCAAAUAUUCCUCCAACACGUUCAUGUCAACAAUCAGAUAUUGAAGCAAUUCAACAUGUACAAAAUCAAGUUGUACAUUUUUAUCAUUUACAAACAAAUCAACAACAACACCUUGCUCAACAACCACUUCCACCACCACCACAAUUACCAACAACAUUACAAAUAGCAAAUAUAUUAGCAUCUAGAGGACAAUUACCACAAGAUACAAAUCAAGCAGCAGCACUUGUUGCAAGUUAUUAUUAUACUAAUUUUCUAUCAAGAACACAACCGACGAACAAUAAUAUUUCUUUAUCACCGAAUGUAAAUACAAACAGUGAUGAUAUACCAUUAACUUCAGUUGAUCCGACUGUUAUCAUUUCUAAUAGUAAUCAUUCAACCGGUCCUUCAUUAUCGUCUACAAGUACCGGUAAUGACCACAAAAUGGUACCAGCCGCGAUCGGUAGUGAACGUAAACGUCAUAUGCCAACAUCAACCACUGUUGUUCCUCCGAUGAUCAUCAGUGAUUGGUCUUCCGUAUCUAAACAACCAUAUCCUUAUCCACAACAACAACAACAACAACAACAACAACAGCAGCAGCAGCAGCAGCAGACACGCGAUUAUCCGCGAUAG